GGCGAGUCAUUUUAUGACAACGAGGAACAGAACAUAUCACUUACCAAACACUUAUCCAGCUCAGUUUCUUGAAAAUACGACGACAGUUAAUCUCUCUAAAUAUAUUUUUGUUUUCUCUCUCUUAAAAAACCAAAAAAAAAAUACUUCUGAAUCAUUCCGAUUCUCUUUGUAAUCUUUAGUUGUUGUACCUACGUGACGACGUCAUGGCUGAAGAGGAACCUAAGAAGGUGACAGAGACCGUUACGGAACCAGCUCCAUCACCGGCUGAGAAACCUGUUGCUGCCACGGAUGUUGCUCCACAGCCACAGGAGAAGUCUGUUGUUGCGGCGGAUGUUGUUGCUCCACAACCGCAAGAGAAGCCUGUGGCUCCACCACCUGUUCUUCCAUCCCCUGCGCCGGUGGAGGAGAAGCUAGAGGGUUCCAAGGCUCUUGUCCCCGUCGUCGCUAAGCAAGUAGAGGAAGAGAAGAAAGAAGGAUCAGUUAAUCGAGAUGCUGUUCUGGCUAGAGUUGAGACAGAGAAGAGGUUGUCACUUAUCAAAGCUUGGGAAGAGGCUGAGAAAUGCAAAGUGGAGAACAAAGCUGAGAAGAAGCUUUCUUCAAUUGGAUCAUGGGAGAACAACAAGAAAGCAGCUGUGGAAGCUGAGCUCAAGAAAAUGGAGGAGCAAUUGGAGAAAAAGAAGGCAGAGUAUGUGGAGGUGAUGAAGAACAAAAUAGCUCAAAUUCACAAAGAGGCAGAAGAGAGAAGAGCGAUGAUCGAAGCUAAGCGUGGAGAAGAGAUACUCAAAGCUGAGGAAUUAGCUGCCAAGUACCGAGCCACCGGAACCGCUCCCAAAAAGCUUUUCGGGUGCAUAUGAAUCUAAAUCAUCUCCGAUGGUCAAAAGUUAAAAAAAACACAUGAAAUAUGUGGUGUUGAUGUAAUGAUGUUUCUAGUUUGCGUAAUAUGGAUUUAAUUUGGCAACAUAGAAAGAUAUAAAUUAAGGUCAAAUGGACCCAAACAUCUUAUUAAUUUGUACAGCUUUUCAUUGAAAGGCUUUUCCCCUAGCUAGCUUUAUGAAUUGGUACGUGCAAUGAUAUGAUUUUCUUUCUUUA